GAUCUGUAGGACUACACCUUCCUCGGCGUCUCCAGCUCCGGAGAAAACACAAGGCACCGAAGAAAGAUUUUAUUUUUUCUUCUUCAAGAAUGUCAGCUUUUCGGCGUCUGUUUGUUUGUCUCUUAAUCUGCAUAGCGGUUUAUAAGCCAGCGGUCUCUCAUCCAGGGAGCUGCGAGGACCAUACUGACCAGUGCAGAUUCUGGGCGAACACAGGGAGGUGUCAGUGGGACAAUACCUUGAAGCUAAAUUGCCCUGUGUCUUGCAACUCUUGCAUAGAUCCCACUUGCUAUGACAGGGACCGCCGCUGCACCUUUUGGUCUCAACAAGGAUACUGUGUAAGGAAUCCCACCACGUACUUGAGCCUUUGUCCCCACUCCUGCGAUUCCUGUCUGAUCAUCGUCUCCCAAAGGACGCAGCAGUUCUUCCCGUGGUUGUUUAGGAACUGAAAGGACGCUGAUGGGGAUUCCGGGAGCGUGGCGGAAACGUAGUGUGGGAACAGGGGCGGGUUGGAGGGGGAGGGGGGAAGGGGGAGGAGGAGGAGGGGGGAGUUCUUGUUUCGGUAUUUUUUUUUAAUUGGAUAUCUUUUUUAUGUUAUAUAUCUUUAUACUUGGGGGGUUCGGAUACUUUUUUUUGCAUAUAGACUCAAGUAAUACAUUGUUGUUGUUUUUUGUACAUCAUAUGUUUCAUAUUGAAUUUCUACGAGAUUUUUUUUUUAUACUGAACUGAUGCAUUGGAUUUUUUCUUUUUUAUGUGUGUGUGUGUGGGGGGGGGGGGGACACUGAAUUCAUAUAUUGAACUAUGUUCUCUAUAUUGAAUUUAUACAUUUAAUAAUUUUUUUACGGAAUUAAUACAUUGGUAUUUCUUAUACUUUAUACAUAUAUUGGAUCUUAUUGUAUACUAACAUCAUACAUAGCUUUAUCUGUUUGCUAUACAUGUUAUUUUUUUGUGUAAUUUGCUGUCAUAUUACUUUGAAUAUUACGGAUCUAUAUAAACAUAUGGUUGUUGGA